CGGCUUUUUCAGCGUAUUUUCAUCGACUUUCUCGGACCUUACCCACGUUCAAGAAGUGGAAAUAUCGGGAUUUUCAUUGUUCUCGAUCAUUUUUCGAAGUUUGUAUUCCUCAAACCGGUAAAGAAGAUAAACGCAAGCGUUGUAAUAAAGUAUCUUGAGGGGGAGCUAUUCAUGACAUUCGGAGUCCCCGAAACCAUUGUGUCAGACAACGGAUCCCAGUUUCGCUCCGAAGCGUUUCAGAAGCUGAUGAAGCAGUACGAAAUCUCACACAUUCUAACAGCUGUUCAUUCACCGCAAGCCAACGCUUCUGAACGCGUGAAUCGUUCAGUCAUUUCAGGGAUUAGAGCAUACUUAAGACCAGAUCAGAAGGACUGGGACGAGUACCUUAACAAGAUAUGUUGUGCUUUAAGAUCUUCAAUCCAUUCAAGUAUAGGGACCACACCAUACUAUAUGGCGUUUGGCCAACAUAUGGUUACUGCUGGUUCGACUUACGCAUUGUUGAGGAGGUUGAAUAUGCUAGAUGACCGAUCUCUCAUGUUUAAUCGACAAGAUUCGUUCGAAAUAAUUCGUGAGGAAGCUGGAAAGCAAAUGCAAAAAGCUCACGACAUGAACGAAAAAAGGUAUAACUUACGCUCAAGAGAGGUAUCGUUUGUACAGGGUCAAGAGGUAUUUCGCCGCAAUUUCAAGCAGAGUUGCUUCCAAACGGGCUACAACGCCAAGUUUGGACCGUCAUUUGUAAAAGCCCGUAUUAGGAGGAAAAUAGGUAACUCUUACUAUGAGCUUGAAGACUUACAAGGUCGAUUACUAGGCAAUUAUCACGCCAAGGAUAUUCGACAAUAAAGUCACUCCAGGCGUUAUCAGUCUAGGGUAUCUAGAACUAAAUACCCUAGUCUGA